CAAUAAUAUUGUCAGGAUCCACCUGCCAUUGCCACCGGGCAGGCAGGUCCCUUCAGCCCCAAAUUUCAAGCCUGACUCCUCUUUGCCCCCUUUGCCAGCUUGUGGGGCUGGGGCCGGGGCCACCUCUGCUGCUGCACCGGGCACCUGGCGAGGUGCUGCCCGCUCCGGCUCGGGAUGUCCGGAAAGCCCAAGGUGUACCAAGGUGUGAGGGUGAAGAUCACAGUCAAGGAGUUGCUGCAGCAGCGGAGAGCACGACAAGCAGCCACUGGUUCAGCAGUGUCCUGGGGCAGCAGCAGCAGCAGCAGCAUCCAGUUCGCAGAGUCUGUGUCUCCGCCUCACCCAGAAGCUUUUGAAGCAGAACCCAUCCCUCCCGUGCCCGGCUGCUGCCCGUCCUGGCAGUUUUCCAGCUGCCUCUCCUGUGAGGAAAGCCCUGGCUACCUGGAGCAGCUGAUCGAUUCCUGCCUGCAGUCGGACGCACCCUCGGAUCCAGCCUUCAGCUCCUUCCAGUCCUCACACUACACCCCAGACACCUUCCAGCCAGUCCAGCUCUGCUUCAACCAGGACCUGGCUGCCACCUCGCCCGGCUCAGCCGGCCUGCCCAGCCCGUGGAACUCCAGCUGCUCUCCCCCCGAGCUGUCUCCCCUCACCCCGCUGACCCCCAGCCCUCCCUCAGCCCUGGACACCAAACCCCACGGCUGCCCCGGGGAGGAGUGGCCCUGGCAGCUCCCCUGCCCCUUCCCCAGCCCUGCCUGCUGCUGUCCCCAGGACAGGGACAGCAGGGUCCCCCAGCACUGCCCCUGCCCCAGCACGGACUGCACGGAGCUCCUGCCACCCCUGGCCCUGGCCGAGGACUUCUUCAGGAGGGACAGGGGCUGUGACAUUUGCUACAGCUAAUGGGGGCUGUGGUUUCACACAUCCACUCCAACCAAAUCAGAUUAAAUUGCCCAUGAACUAUGCAAAGUUGUGCUGCCUAACACAGUCCAGUUUAUUCUUCACUACUCACACAUUUUUUUACGUGAUGCUGUCACUACAUUAAUCUACGCUCAGGGGUGUUUUGUUGGUGGUUUGGUGGGGGUUUUUUCCCUCUUUAUUUUCAUUGUUGCUGUUUUUUAAAUAAAUCUGAAGCUGCCUUAUCAAACCAGCUCUUUUUGAUACAAAUAAAUCAUCUGGUGCAAAUGCUGAAGCCUGGUCAUUUUU